UCCUUCACGGUUCAAUGUGCUGUUUGAGUCGACGAUCUCUUUCCCGUAAAUAAGCAAGCAUUCCUCUUACUUCCCUCCAUCUGUCCGUUGGUGUGGGGGCCUCAAGUUGGAAUCGAUCAAAUACGGUCAAAGUUUACGGUUUAAGCUGAGCAAAGAGGAGCACAAAGUAGUAGUACACUAGUACUGCACUGGUAGUGAGUGGCAGUAUUAGAUUGCAGCCGGCUGGGACAGGGAGGAUCUGGUGCAUGAAAAAGUAGACUCUGCUCGACUAGUAGACGAUGUCGAAACUGAGGAGUUUGAGUAUGGCGAUGUAUGUGGAUGUGGUGUUUUUGGCGCUAACGAUGUCGCAAAUGAUGGCGAGAAUGGUAUUGGUGGGCAGCGUGGAGAAUUAUACAAGAGCAGACUUCCCGGCCGACUUUGCUUUCGGCGCGGCCACUUCCGCAUACCAAGUAGAAGGUGCCGCUUUCGAAGAUGGGAAGAUGCCCAGUAUUUGGGAUACCUUUGUUCGUGCCCAUUCUGAUUUUUAUGGUGGAGCUACUGGAGACAUAGCAUGUGAUCAGUAUCACAAGUACAAGGAAGAUGUCCAGUGCAUGGUUGACACAAGUUUGGAGGCCUACAGAUUCUCUAUUUCGUGGUCAAGACUUAUUCCUAAUGGAAGAGGCCCUGUCAACCCCAAGGGAUUAGAAUAUUACAACAAUCUCAUAGAUGAACUCAUCAUGCAUGGAAUUCAGCCGCAUGUCACUAUGUACCACAUGGAUACUCCGCAAGCUCUUGAAGAUGGAUAUGGGGGAUGGCUUAGUCGGACUAUGGUAAGAGACUUUACAGUGUAUGCCGAUGUGUGCUUCAAGGAAUUUGGUGACAGGGUUCGGCAUUGGACUACAGUAAAUGAGGCCAAUGCAUUUGCAAUUGGUGGUUAUGAUAACGCACUCAUUCCCCCUGGGCGCUGCUCUCUGCCAUUUGGAUUGGCUUGUACCAAGGGUAACUCCUCAACUGAGCCGUACAUUGCUGCUCAUAACAUGUUGUUGGCACAUUCAUCUGCUGUGAAACUGUACAACAGAAAAUAUAAGGGGAGUCAACAUGGCUUUGUAGGACUAAACAUCUAUGCUCCGUGGUUCUUUCCAUAUACUAAGGCUACAGAAGAUAUCAAAGCAGCUCAAAGAGCCAUUGAUUUUUACAUCGGUUGGUUUCUCCAUCCAUUGGUGUUUGGAGACUAUCCUGACAUAAUGAAGAAGAAUGCUGGAACAAGGAUUCCAGCCCUCACUCGACAUGAUUUUGAGUUAGUUAAGGGCUCUUUUGAUUUUAUAGGGCUAAACCAUUAUGCAACAUUCUACAUCAAGGACGACCCUAGUAGCCAUAAAAUGGAGAUCAGGGAUGUCAACACUGAUAUUGCCGCAACCAUCAUGUAUGAGCGGGGUGAUUCAUCACUAGAUCAGGAUAAUGAGACAUCAUCUGGUCUUUAUGAGGUUCUGGAAUACAUCAAGAGAGUUUAUGCAAACCCACCUACUUACGUCCAUGAAAAUGGUCAACGGACGGUUCGUAAUGGAACACUUAAUGACACGGCAAGGGUGGAAUACAUGCACGGAUAUAUCGGCACUUUGCUUCGUGCUUUAAGGAAUGGAGCAAACUCAAAAGGGUACUUCAUGUGGUCAUUCUUAGACGGUUUUGAGGUGGUGGGUGGCUAUCAGAAGGGUUUUGGAAUGUACUUUGUGGAUUUGAGUGACAAGCAAUUGAAAAGAUACCCAAAGCUCUCCGCACACUGGUAUUCCAAUUUCCUCAGGGGAAGAAGCAUCAGUCCCAAUGAGCAUGUUCCUGUCCCGAGUUUAUGCUCCUCCAUUAUUAAUUUGAGCACAAGACAAAGGCAUGAUUGUUCAUAAGAUGGCUCUGCGCAGCUGUCCUAAUCGCGACUUAAUUGGUUUUGGAGCUAUGCAUUAUGAUGACGAUAUCAAGUGUACUAGCAUGUAUGCUGGGAGUGUAGAUUUUUUCUCCAGCUCAACUGAUAAGGAUUAUACAAUUGAGCAUAUUUAUACUUGU